AUGGCCCGCAAGCAGCAAGCCCAGAAUGGGCAUCAACAUUCGCUUCCUCCCUCGACAGCCACAAAUUCCACCCCCUCCGGUGCCCGCGUUUCGGGGCCGGUUACGCAAGCCCCGGAAAGGGGCCAAGCGCCGGCAGCGGCGCCUACAACAACGACAACGACGACCACAGCUUCAGCGGGCCAAGCCACCACGCCCGCGAUACUUGGAAAUCCCCUUGUGGGGACAGAUUCCCUCCUCGCCCAGGUCGAGGAUAAGGAGCAACAACCCGAACCCGACCAUGAGUUGCCCGUUAACUCCCCCGCUGCGCACGAGUCACCCAACCUCAACGAUGGCGAGGACAAUGUUGAGCGAACCACAAAGAUUCACAGAGGCGAGGUUCCGAGUGCCGAGCACCAUGUCAAGAGGGGAAGACUAUCUCCUGAGCCUGUUGCCGAAGAGGAAGACGAGUACGACCAUGGGGAGGUUGACGUUUCGUUCGUUAAAAGCGACCCGUCCAGGACUUUGACGAUUGGAUUCCACCUUUGAACGAUGACGCUCGCCGGGCGAGAAGGAGGGAGAAGAGGAGGAGCGGAGAAGGCGGAGGGCCGCGAAGAGGAGAGGAAGAAUGAGGGCUCCUGUGACGGUGGAAGCAGAAAAGACCGAGGUGAUGGUGGAAGCACAACCAGGUCAAGAAGCAUGGUGUUCAGAUAAAUAAUUAUGGUAUCAGUGCCGUCCCCAUUGCCGACAUGAACGCCUUUAUCACUCACACAAUUCCCAGACGCAGGAUCAUGUAGCGUUGGCUCGCAUUGUGUAGCACUCGUCGAAAAACAGGCCCUGUCCCGCCAUUCAACGCUAUUCAAACGCAUACGAACAAUAAUUGCUUCAUAGAAUACAAAUGUAUGUCGGAC